CCCGUCCGUCCCUCCUGUCGCCGAGCCGUCGACCAAGGUGCGCUUCCCGGGCAAGCGUGUAACGAUGCCCGAGAUGCGCAAGCGCGCCCGGACCGUCCUCGACUUUGUCCAGAAGGUCCAGGUCGAGAUGGUCGAGCGGCAGCGGCGGUGGGAGCUCUUGCGCGACGUCAACGAGCGCGUGCGCGACGCGCGAGAGCGCGGGAGGGAGCGGGUCGGACGCGGUGGGCGGGUCGGCGCGACCGAGGGCGAGUCGUCGGGUUCCGGCUCGGGCUCGGGCUCAGGCGCAGGGUCCGGCCUGGGGUCGGUCGGCAGCCGGGACUCGAGCGUCGUCGCGCAUCCUCGAGGCGUCGGCGGGACGACGCCGGUCCCUGGCGCAUCGACCUCGUCGAGGACCGGCGCCGCGGCCGACCUCGCCCUGAGGGGGCUUCCGCCGCUCCCGGGCGCGGUGCAGGAGGUGCCGGGCCUCGAGCUGUCGUCGGCGCCGAGUACGGAGAGCGCGCUGCUCAUGGACGCGCUCGCCAAGGAGGUCGUCGCGUUCCAGCAGCGGUUCUUCGGCAUCGUCGACUAGAACGCGCCCUCCUCCUCUCGCACAUCUUUCUCUCGUUCUGACUUUCUUCGCACUAGCGCACUAGUUCUCCCUCGCACACUUUUACCCCGUGCAUUCGCAUCCCUGUCGUCGUCCUC